CUUUCCCUUCCGGAUCAGCGUCAGCCUCAACGCUCGACCGCCUUCCCGAAGGAACGAGACAAGUCUUUUGCUGGGCCCCCCCAAAUCCACUUCUCCCAGAUUAUCAUCCAUCCAUUCAUUCCCCCGGCAAAAGCUAUCCACCCCCUCCCCAUUUUCCCUGGCUUCCUCCUCAUUCUUGUAUUCUUUAAUUUUUAGGGGGAGGGGCUUCAUCAACUAUUUUCCAAUUUUCUCCCCUCCUUCCCACAAAUCGCAUUUCCACAAAAAAACUUCCCACCGAAUUCCUCUUACCUUAUCCUUGACCAUUGUCCCGACCGCAGUUCUGGCCAGCCUUGCCUGCUGCUGCCUGAUUCUUAUUCCGUUCCGGGUUCCGCCAGGGCUCGUCAGCGCCCUCGCAUUGCCUCGACCCAUUCGUGCAUUCUCGCUUCAUCAAUUCAGGGAUCCGUGAUCCCCAGCCGGUUCGUGAAAAAAUGGCUCAACAACAGACUGAUAAUGUGAUGCGAAGGAAGUUGGUGAUCAUCGGGGAUGGUGCCUGCGGAAAGACCAGUCUGCUCAGCGUCUUCACCCUGGGCUAUUUUCCAACCCACUAUGUUCCGACGGUGUUUGAGAAUUACGUGACGGAUUGCAGAGUGGAUGGCCGUUCGGUUCAAUUGGCACUAUGGGAUACUGCUGGUCAGGAAGAUUACGAACGAUUGCGUCCGCUCGCUUAUUCCAAGGCGCAUGUGAUCCUUAUUGGGUUCUCCGUGGACACGCCCGAUUCGCUGGAGAACGUCAAACAUAAGUGGAUUGAAGAAGCGAACGAACGAUGUCCGGGUGUCCCUAUCAUCCUUGUCGGGUUGAAGAAAGAUCUGCGGGAAGAUCCACUGGCCGUCGAGGAGAUGAGAAAGAAGUCGCUAAAGUUCGUGACGUCGAAAGAAGGAAGCGACAUCUCAACGCAGAUCGGAGCACGCAAGUAUCUCGAGUGUUCCUCAUUAACCGGCGAGGGCGUCGACGAUGUAUUCGAGGCGGCCACGCGUGCCGCGCUCCUGACGUUCGACAAGCGAAAAAGCUCAUGCUGCAUUGUGCUAUAAUGGGGAAAUGACGACUUUGCGAUAGAUACGUCGCCGACUCUGAUGGUAUUUCAGCGAUUUGCAUGCCAGCCAUGAUGGGUUCAUUUGCUAUGCGCUUCGAGCAUGUUGCACUUGCAGUUGCCGCGCGACACGCGUGUGCCAGUUUGAAUUGGAUUUCGAAGAAAAGGGAGAGUGAAGGUGACGGAUGUUGAUCGAUAUAUCUUGCAUUUGCGGCGUUUGGGAGGGCCUCUUCUUUUGUGUUCGAAUAUCAAGUUUCGCAUGUUGACAUACCCUUGGUCUCCGGGGGGACACGCUUGGUGACAUUCGUUCAUUUGGUGUUUGCCUUCUUCAGUGUCUUCUUUGCCUGUUGUCAGUGUUGUUUGCCUUCUUCUGUGUCUUACUGUCACUAGCGGUUAUACCUGUAUUGAAAUUGUAUCCACCAG